AAUUUCAGGUUAGUUUGCUUUUUCACUUUAAAGUAUGUGUGUUUGGUUUCAAAGGGUUAUGUUUUUCCUCUUUGCUGCAUCAUUUGAUUUGGGCGCUUUGAAUUUUUUUUUUUUUUUUUGAUAAUUCUUUAUUAGAAUAGUGUUACUGUUUGCUAAACAUGGUUAAAACCCAGUUUCCUGCAUAGCUGAACAAACCUCAAAGAAGUGAAGUGGUGGAAGGUCCACUGAGUCUGAUCCGGUCUCAGACUCUGCACGUGUCACGUGCUGGCUGAAAUGCAAUUUGCCUUCUCUGCUUUGUUUACUUUCCCUGUGAAGCGCUCUCCUAAGACCUAACCUUUACUCGGUGGCUGACUUUCUUUAUGGGAGUAAAAGGAAGCCUCCUUAUGAAAUUGCUGUUGUGGGACUGAUACAAGCUAUCUAGUAUUCAAAGUUCUAAACAUUAUUUAAAAGGCAAAGAUACCCCAACACAUUAAAACAAGACCAAAAAGUCCACCAGCCACUCUUUCAACUGAAGUGAUGAAACCCAAAGAAUUCAGAUAACGAAAUGGAGAAAAUGAGAAGAAAGUUCAUCUGAAAAUCCGCCAUUAGUGAAGUGAUGAAGAACGUUUACUGGCUUAGUCUGAAACUUGUCAAGUUUGCAACUCUUGGCUGCCUAUGGAUUUCUGUGGUCCAGUGUACAGUUUUAAACAGCUGUUUAAAGUCAUGUGUAACUAACCUGGGCAGACAGCUUGACGUCGGCACACCUCACAAUCUGAGUGAACCGUGCAUCCAAGGAUGUCAUUUCUGGAAUUCAGCGGAUCAGGAAAACUGUGUCUUAAAGUGUAAUGAAACCUAUGCUGCAGUUUGUGAGCGAGAGUCCUGUGAAGUCGGCUGCAGCAGUGGGGAAGGCGCGUAUGAAGAGGAAGUGCUAGAAAAUGCAGACCUCCCUACUGCACCCUUUGCUUCUUCCAUUGGAAGCCAUGGGAUGACAUUACGAUGGAAAUCGGCCAACAUCUCUGGAGUAAAAUACAUCAUUCAGUGGAAAUACACACAACUUCCUGGAAGCUGGACUUACACUGAGGCCGUGUCCAAGCUCUCUUAUGUGGUAGAGCCCCUGCAUCCCUUCACUGAAUAUGUUUUUCGAGUGGUUUGGAUCUUCACAGCCCAGCUGCACCUGUAUUCCCCUCCAAGUCCCAGUUACAGGACUCAUCCUUAUGGAGUUCCUGAAACUGCUCCUUUCAUUAGGAAUAUUGAAAGCUCAAGUCCCGACACGGUGGAAGUCAGUUGGGCUCCACCUCGAUUCCCAGGUGGACCUAUUUUGGGCUACAACUUAAGGCUGAUCAGCAAAAAUCAGAAAUUAGAUUCGGGGACACAGGGAACCAGUUUCCAGUUUUACUCCACUCUACCAAAUACCACCUACAGGUUUUCUAUUGCAGCAGUAAAUGAAGUUGGUGAGGGGCCGGAAGCAGAAUCUAGUAUUACCACUUCAUCUCCAGCAGUUCAAGAAGAAGAACAGUGGCUCUUUUUAUCCAGGAAAACUUCUCUAAGAAAGAGAUCUUUAAAACAUUUGGUAGAUGAAGCACAUUGCCUUCAGUCAGAUGCCACACACCAUAAUAUUACAGGAAUAUCAGUUCAUGUCCACCGGCAAGUUGUUUAUUUCUCUGAAGGAACUCUCAUCUGGGUGAAGGAUGCUGCCAAUGUGUCGGAUGUGUCUGGCCUGAGAAUUUUUUACCGAGGUUCAGGAUUAAUUUCUUCCAUCUCCAUAGACUGGCUUUAUCAGAAAAUGUAUUUCAUCAUGGAUGAACUGGUAUGUGUCUGUGAUUUAGAGAACUGCUCAAACAUUGAGACAAUUACACCUCCCUCAAACAUUGCACCUCAAAAAAUUGUGGCUGAUUCAUACAAUGGGUAUGUCUUUUAUCUCCUGAGAGACGGCAUUUAUAGAGUCGACCUUCCUGUGCCCUCCGGUGGGGUCUCAGAAGCGAUGCAUAUUGUGCAGAGUGGCACGUUAAAGGACUUUGCAAUCAAGCCCCAGUCCAAGCGAAUCAUUUACUUCAACGACACCGCCCAAGUCUUCAUGUCAACCUUUCUGGACGGCUCCGCAUCCCACAUCGUCCUACCUCAUGUCCCCUUUACUAAUGUGAAGAGCUUCGCUUGUGAAAACAACGACUUCUUGGUCACAGAUGGCAAGGCCGUUUUCCAACAGGAUUCGCUGUCUUUUAAUGAAUUCAUCGUGGGAUGUGACCUGAGUCACAUAGAAGAAUUUGGCUUUGGCAACUUGGUCAUCUUUGGCUCAUACACCCAGCCACACCCGCUGCCGGGCCGCCCACAGCAGGUCUCCGUGCUGUUUGGCUCCCACCAGGCCCUGGUUCAGUGGAAGCCCCCCACUCUCGCCAUCGGAGCCAGUCCUUCUGCCUGGCAGGACUGGACUUAUGAGGUGAAAGUAUCAACUCAAGACCUUCCUGAAACCACUCACGUGUUCUCUAAUAUAAGUGGGACCAUCCUUAACGUACAUGACCUUCAGAGUGCUACAAAAUAUGAGGUUUCUGUGAGAGCAAGUUCUCCCAAGGGGCCAGGCCCUUGGUCAGAGCCCUCAGUGGGAACUACUCUGGUACCAGCUGCAGAACCACCAUUUAUCAUGGCUGUGAAAGAAGAUGGACUUUGGAGUAAGCCAUUAAAUAGCUUUGGCCCAGGAGAAUUCCUAUCCUCUGAUAUAGGAAAUGUGUCAGACAUGGAUUGGUAUAACAACAGCCUCUACUACAGCGACAUGAAAGGUGAUGUUUAUGUAUGGCUGCUGAAUGGGACAGACAUCUCAGAGAAUUAUCACAUACCCAACAUUGCAGGAGCAGGGGCUUUAGCUUUUGAGUGGCUGGGUCACUUUCUCUACUGGGCUGGAAAGACCUAUGUGAUUCAAAGGCAGUCUGUGUUGACAGGACACACAGACAUUGUGACUCACGUGAAGUUGCUGGUAAAUGAUAUGGUGGUGGACUCAGUUGGUGGAUAUCUCUAUUGGACCACAUUAUAUUCAGUUGAAAGUACCAGGCUAAAUGGAGAAAGUCCACUUGUAUUACAGGCACAGCCUUGGUUUUCUGGGAAAAAGGUAAUUGCUCUAACUUUAGACCUUAGUGAUGGGUUCCUAUAUUGGUUGGUUCAAGACAGUCAGUGUAUUCACCUGUAUACAGCUGUUCUUCGGGGUCAGAGCAGUGCUGGGGACACCACCAUCACAGAAUUUGCAGCCUGGAGCACCUCUGACAUUUCUCAGAAUGCACUGAUGUUCUACAGUGGUCGGCUUUUCUGGAUCAACGGCUUCCGGAUUAUCACAGCUCAGGAAAUUGGUCAGAGGACCAGUGUCUCCGUUUUGGAACCAGCCAAAUUUAAUCAGUUCACAAUUGUUCAGACAUCCCUCAAGCCUCUGCCAGGGAACUUCUCCUUUACCCCUAAGGUUAUCCCAGAUGCCAUUCCAGAGUCUUCGUUUAUGAUUGAAGGAAAUGCUUCGAGAUUUCACAUCCUCUGGAAUGCUCCCCCAGCAGUGGAUUGGGGCAUCAUUUUCUACAGUGUGGAAUUUAGUGCUCAUUCUAAGUUCCUGGCUAGUGAACAACAGUCUAAACCUGUAUUUAUUGUGGAAGGGCUGGAGCCCUAUGCCUUAUUUAAUCUUUCUGUCACUCCUUAUACCUACUGGGGAAAGGGGCCCAAAACAUCUCUAUCACUCCGAACACCCGAAUCAGUUCCAUCAGCACCAGAGAAUCCCAGAAUAUUUAUAUUACCAAGUGAAAAACACCGUAACAAGAAUGAAGUUGUGGUGGAAUUUAGGUGGAAUAAGCCUCAGCAUGAAAACGGUGUGUUAACAAGAUUCGAAAUUUUCUACCAAAUAUCCAACCAAAACGACACAAACAAAACAUUUGAAGACUGGAUUGCUGUCAAUGUCACUCCCUCAGUGAUGUCUUUUCAGCUGGAGGGCAUGAGUCCUGGGUACAGCGUUGCCUUCCAGGUUCGAGUCUUCACAUCCAAAGGACCUGGACCAUUUUCUGACAUAGUAAAGUCCAAAACAUCAGAAAUUAACCCAUGCCCAUACCUCAUAACUCUUGUUGACAACAAGAUAACUUUAUUAGAUAUGGAUCGAAGUCAGGUGGCAUGGACAUUCCCAGCAGAAGGCGAUGUUGAUGCCAUGGGCUACACAGCUGAUGAUGCAGUGGGGUACUACGCUCAGGGAGACUCCCUCUUCCUCCUCGAAAUGGACAGCCGGUCCAGCACUAAGAUUUUCAGAGAUGCGCUGGUUUUUGAUAUCACAAUUAUUACAAUUGACUGGAUUUCGAGGCACCUCUACUUUGUGCUGAAAGAAUCACAAAACAGAAUGCAAAUAUUUGAUAUGGAUCUUGAAAACAAGGUGAAAUAUCCCAGGAAGCUGAAAGCUUGCAAUAGAAAUUCAACAAUAACUUCUUUUUCUGUGUAUCCUUUUUUAAGUCGCCUAUAUUGGACAGAAGUUUUUGAUUCUGGAUCUCAGAUGUUCUACUACAGUAUUAUCAAAAAGACUGUGCACCGAAUUCUGCAACCCCCAGUCAUAAACCAUCCAAACGGAAGCCAAUGUUCUUGUAAUGUGACUGAAUCUGAGUUGAGUGGAGCAAUGACUAUUGACACCUCUGACCUAAAGAAACCACAGAUAUACUUUGUCAAAGGUCAAGAGAUCUGGGCCACAGAUCUAGAAGCAUGUCAGUGUUGGCAAAUUUUCAUCCUGCCUGCUCUUCUUGCAGGAAAAAUGCUUGUUAGCUUGACUGUGGCUGGAGAAUUUCUUUAUUGGAUCUCCAAAAUAGAGGACAGCACACAGAUUUAUCAAGCAAAGAAAAGCAAUGGGGCCAUCCUCUCCCAGGUGGAAGCCCCAAGGAGUAAGCAUAUUUUGGUUUACAGUUCAGUUCUACAGCCUUUUCCAGAUAGAGCAUUUCUGUCUCUAGCUUCCGAUAUUGCAGAGCCAACUAUACUUAACACCACUAACACCAGCCUCACAAUCAGAUUACCACCCACUCGGACAAAACUCACAUGGGACGGCAUCACCAGUCCCACUCCCACAUACCUGGUUUAUUACAAAGAAGUAAUUGACAUGAAGAACAGCUCUGAACUGAGAGAUAAAAUGCUGGAAUUUCAGGGGAGUAUCGCCCUUAUUGAAGGUUUACAGCCAUUUUCAACAUACAUGAUACAGAUAGCUGUAAAGAAUUAUUAUUCAGAUCCUUUGGAACAAAUACCUCUGGGAAAAGAGAUAUGGGGAAAAACUAAAAGUGGAGUACCAGAGGUGGUUUGGCUCAUUAACACAACCGUGCAGUCAGACACCAGCCUCGUUAUAUCCUGGACGGAAUCUCACAGGCCAAAUGGACCGAGAGAGUCCGUCCGCUAUCAGGUGGCAAUCUCUCAUCUGGCUCCCAUUCCAGAGAUUCCACUAAGGCAAAGUGAAUAUCCAGAUGGGAGUCUCUCUCUCCUCGUUACUAGACUGUCUGGUGGAAAACUCUAUGUGUUAAAGGUUCUGGCCUGCCAUGCUGAGGAAAUGUGGUGUGCAGAGAGUCACCCUGUCACUGUGGAAACAUUUGACUCGCCAGAGAAACCUUAUGGCUUUCUUCCAGGGAACACUAGUUUGCAGUUACAUUGGAAUGCUCCUUCAAAUGUUCACCUCAUCAGAUUUUGGUGUGAACUCCAAAAGUGGAAGCACAAUGAGUUUUACCAUGUUAAAGCUUCGUGCAGCCAAGGUCCUGCUUAUGUCUGUAACAUCACAGACCUCCAGCCUUAUGCUUCCUAUAAUGUCCGAGUAGUGGUGGUGUAUAGGACAGGCGCAAACAGCACGUCGCUUCCGGGAAGUUUUAAGACUAAAGCUGGAGUCCCAAGUAAACCAGGCAUUCCAAAAUUAUUAGAAGGGAGUAAAAAUUCAAUACAGUGGGAAAAAGCCGAUGAUAAUGGAAGCAGACUUAUGUACUAUAUCCUUGAGAUCAGAAAAAUCACUUCAAAUGAUUCAUGGAACCAGAAUUUAACAUGGAAGAUGGCAUUUAAUGGCUCAUGCAAUAGCAUUUGCACAUGGAAGUCCAAAAACCAGAAAGGAACAUUUCAGUUCAGAGUAGUAGCUGUAAAUAAUCUGGGGUUUGGUGAAUACAGUGGAAUCAGUGAUGAUAUUAUAUUAGUUGGAGAUGGUUUUUGGAUACCAGAAACAAGCUUUAUACUUACUAUUAUAAUUGGAAUAUUUCUGGUUAUUACAAUCCCAUUAGUCUUUGUCUGGCAUAGAUUAAAGAAUCAAAACACUCCCAAGGAAGGGCUGAUGGUUCUCAUAAAUGAAGACAAAGAAUUGGCUGAACUUCGAAGUCUGGCCACUGGAGUAGGGCUGGCUAACGCCUGCUAUGCGAUUCAUACUCUUCCAACCCAAGAGGAGAUUGAAAGUCUUCCUGCCUUCCCUCGGGAAAAACUGACUCUGCGUCUCUUGCUGGGAAGCGGCGCCUUUGGAGAAGUGUAUGAAGGGACAGCGGUAGACAUCUUAGGAGUUGGAAGUGGAGAAACCAAAGUAGCUGUGAAGACUUUGAAGAAGGGCUCCACAGACCAGGAGAAGAUUGAAUUCCUGAAGGAGGCACAUCUGAUGAGCAAGUUUAAUCAUCCCAACAUUCUGAAGCAGCUUGGAGUUUGUCUGCUGAACGAACCCCAGUAUAUUAUCCUGGAACUGAUGGAGGGAGGAGACCUUCUUACCUAUUUGCGUAAAGCCCGGAUGACACCGUUUCAUGGUCCUUUACUCACCUUGGUUGACCUCGUGGACCUAGGUGUAGAUAUUUCAAAAGGCUGCGUCUACUUGGAGCAGAUGCACUUCAUUCAUAGGGAUCUGGCAGCUCGGAAUUGCCUUGUCUCCAUGAAAGACUAUACCAGUCCAUCACGGAUAGUGAAAAUUGGGGACUUUGGACUUGCGAGGGACAUCUAUAAAAAUGAUUACUAUAGGAAGAGAGGAGAAGGUCUGCUCCCUGUUCGGUGGAUGGCUCCAGAAAGUUUGAUGGAUGGAAUCUUCACUACUCAGUCUGAUGUAUGGUCUUUUGGAAUUCUGAUUUGGGAAAUUUUAACUCUUGGUCAUCAGCCUUACCCAGCUCAUUCCAACCUUGAUGUUUUAAACUAUGUGCAAACAGGAGGAAGACUGGAGCCGCCAAGAAAUUGUCCUGAUGAUCUGUGGAAUUUAAUGACCCAGUGCUGGUCUCAAGAACCUGACCAAAGACCUACCUUCCAUAAAAUUCAAGAACAACUUCAGUUAUUCAGAAAUUUUUCCUUAAAGAGUAUUUCUCAAUGCAGAGGAGACGCAAACCCCAGUGGAGUCAUAAAUGAAGGCUUUGAAGAUGAAGAUGGUCAUCCAAUUUGUUUGAAUUCAGAUGACGUUACGUCCGUUGCUUUAAUGGAAACCAAGAACCAAGAAGGGUUAAACUACAUGGUACUUGCUACAGAAUGCAAACAAGGUGAAGCCAAUUCUGAGGGUCCUCUAGGCUCUAAGGAAUCUGAAUCUUGUGGUCUGAGGAAAGAAGAGAAGGAACCACAUGCAGACAAAGCUAUCUGCCAAGAAAAACAAGUGGCUUACUGCCCUCCUGGCAAGCCUGAAGGCCUGAACUAUGCCUGCCUCACUCACAGUGGAUAUGGAGAUGGGUUUGAUUAAUAGCUCUGUUUGGGACAUGCAGGGUUGAGAUAAACACUCCUCCCAUUAAGUGGUCACUGAAAGAAAACCUAGUAGAGUGAUAGAUGUUGUGGUGUGGUGGUCUGUGACUCCAAAUUAACACUGGACAAAGAAACGUAUAGAAGAAUUGGAUUUUUGGUACAAUACACUUGCAUUACAAUCUGGAUAAUAGAGAAAUUUACAGAAUAUCUGAGGAGAACAGCCCAUAAAGUAUCAAAUUAAUACUCUCCUGUAUUCUAAUUUUGGUUCUAAGAGCCAUUUGGUUUAGGUUGAGACAAUCUCCAUACCAACAGUCUAACCUUGAGCAGAAUUCUGUGGUGAACCUAUAAGCAUUUGAAAAGCUUAGAAAGACUAAUGAGUCUGGAAAUGAAACUGUAAUUCUUUGCCCUGAGGUCCCUUAGGCCCCUUCCCACCCUUCAGUCUGGACUCUAAGAGCAACAUUUUAGUUAGAUAGAAAAAAAACACUUACGUUCAAAGACCUGAAGGAGGAAAACAAGUGUGCUCAGGGGGCCAAGUGAACUACAGAUUAUCCCAAGCAGGACGAAGGAAAUGACUAAAUAACUCUACACGUAAAGAAGGAACCAGCACCCAAGACACAAAUCAUUUAAGAAAGCUAUUAAUACAAAAAAAAAUUGUCCUUAAUGACUACUGUAAAAUAUUUUGUUUUUUGGAGUCUUGGAACAGCAGUCUCAAUCAUAUUGCAAAGAGGACCAUGAAGAUCUCUAUGUCCUAAAGUUUAGCAUUCCAUGGUCGUUGGAUCAUAUACAAAUGACUCUGUGAAUGUGUGCUAUUAAUACUAUAGGAAUUAGCUAAUAUAGAUUUGUUUGUUUGCCAUAUCUAUUUUCUACAUAAAAUACUUAUGAUUACAUUUACUACGAAAUUGUCCUUACAAUUAAAUACAAAUGAUAAUAUAAUGUUAAUUCAAGCUGUAUGAUUUUAAGCAACCAUACAAAAUAAUGAGAACUAUUAAAAAAUCACUUCAGGGAAACACUAAUUUAAAGCCAGUCAUUCUUUGCAGUUACCCAUUUAAAUCAGAAAGCCUCAAGCCUUCUCACAACAGUUCUAAUGAAAGUAUUCGAUGUGUUAUUUAGUUGCAGCAUACAGAAUGUUCACAAGAUACAACGAAUACUUUGAUCAUACUAAUAACAUUUGCUAAAACUAUUGUGGAAGCAGUACAUGGAUCCAUUUUCACUUUGGAUCAUUUAGUUCAUUUUAAAAUGUGUCCACUGCCUGAGAACUUGCAGCGAUGACAGGCUGUGUGGUAAGGUACACAGGGAGGUCAGUGUGUUUGUUCUGUGGUGAACAGGCCCCAAGUAAAGGUCCAGGAUUCAUGGCCACUCUAUCACAUCUAGUAUCCACUGAACAAGGCAGAGUAUUUUCUUUCUGAUCUUCAGACUUUUUAAUGGGCAUUGAUCAUUCUUUUUGUUGGCCCACCAUAUGAUGCCACUUCCCCUGUUGGGGAGUUCCCCUACCUUUAUUUUCAGAUGGGGAGCCAUGUUCUAUUUGCUUCCCUAAGAUCUCAUGCAAUACGAAGGCAGGCAGUGACCCGAGCCCCCACCACUCAGACACACCCACCACAGGCUUCUAAUUGAGAGAGAAGGAAGCAAAGAAACAGGGUCCCCGGUGAGCCAUCCCUGGUCACGGUGGCAAGUGGAGUUAGUCUGCUCCCAGAAUGCAGCAUCCAGGGCCAGGGGAGCCAGGAGAGCAAGCCUGGAGCCUGGUGCCUCUGGCAGCCGGGGCAGGCAGACUGGGGGCUUGGUUCUGCUGUCUGCUUCUAGCAGGGGUUCCCUGCUCCAUAGCCUCUGAGUUCGGUUCUCAAGCGCCCCCAAGGAUUCUGUGACUUAUCUCCAUAUCCUUUUAAUAAAUGUUUUUCUUUUAAGUCAGCCAGAGUCAGUUUCUGUUUUUUGCAACUACGACUUUUGCUCUGCCAAAGUAAUACAGAAACUUUAUUUUGGAAUGCACAAAGAAACAUAUAGAAGAAUUGAAUUUUUGGUACAAUACACUUGCAUUACAACCUGGAUAAUAGAUUUACAGAAUAUCUGAGGAGAACAGCCCAUAAAUUAUCAUGCUUUAGCUAGGAUAUAAGUGCAAAUUAUUAGACUUUUAAAAUUAAUUCAUAAUAAAUGGUAUUGGUAGAAAUAUUUACUACAACAUAAAAUAGACAGUGGCUGAAAUCUCAUAGGAAAAUUUAUUAUAGAUCAAAGUAAUUGAUAAAAAUACAAAUGGCUGAUAAUAUUGAAAACUGUAAGUUUAUUCUGGAAAAAUUAGAUUUCGUAAUCAAGAGGGAAAAAUUGGCUAUGGCUAAAAUCGGCACUAGUUAAAAUGUGUUAUUCACUAAAAAUUAACAGAAGAAUAAAAUCUCAUUGAUAAAUUUUUCUAUCUGCAAAAAUGACCUGGGAAUAUUAUACUUGAGAGAAAUUAUGGCUCCCAAAGGCAGAAGUUAUAAUUGGUAUAAACAAAACAAAACAAUACAAAGCCAAUCAAUAACUCUAACCUUCAUUUUAAAUUGUUCAAGGAAAAGAAACAGUCUGUAAGAAAAAUAUUUAAGUUGAAAAUCAAAAACAUUUUUUUUAACAUUGCCAGCUGAACAAAGAUUUACCUGGAUAAAAUUAAUAUGUUGCCAUAAUUCUGCUGCAAAUGCUUUAUUCAAAAUGUCCUGGAGAAAAGAACCUGUCCCUGAUCUCAGAUAUUCUGUGUUGCUUACCCAUCCUGGUUUUCCCUGGCCUAUUGGAAUGUUCUCACCUAUUCUUCUCUGCUUGUCUAAAUUCCAGACAUCCUUUAGGGUCAGCUCAUAUUCCAACUUGUUGGAAAGGCUUGUCUCUAACUCCCUCCCCUCCUUCUUAUCAGAAUUACUGCUGCUCUUGUCUUUAUGUCUUGUUAACUGGCAAUCAUGGUAUUGUGGU